CAAACAGCAAGAGGGGAGGAAGGGAUUCUGCAGGCCGGUGUGGGGAAGCCGGAGCCCCGCUCCGCCCUGGUGCUGCCUGUAUUCUCCCUACACCUGGAAGAGCUCCGGGGCUGGCCUCCGGUCCACAGCUCAGGGAUACAGCACUAUGAGCCGGUCAAGGCAUGUGGGCAAGAUCCGGAAACGUCUGGAAGAUGUCAAGAACCAGUGGAUCCGGCCAGCCAGAGCUGACUUUAGUGACAAUGAGAGCGCCCGGCUGGCCACAGAUGCUCUUCUGGAUGGGGGUCCAGAGGCUUACUGGCGUGCUCUCAGCCAGGAAGGAGAGGUGGACUUCCUGUCCUCGGUGGAGACCCAGUACAUCCAGGCUCAGGCCAAGGAGCCCCAGGAUCCUGCAGGAGGGGCUGAGUCAGGACCCCGAGGACUCGACUCCUGCUCUUUACAGUCGGGUACCUACUUCCCGGUGGCUUCGGAAGGCAGUGAACCGGCUCUGCUGCACACCUGGACCCUGGCUGAGAAGCCCUACAUGAAGGAAAAGUCCAGCGCCACUGUGUACUUCCAGAUGGAGAAACACAACAACAUCAGAGAUCUGGUCCGCCGCUGCAUCUCCCGGGCCAGCCAGGUCCUGGCCAUCCUGAUGGAUGUGUUCACGGAUGUUGAGAUCUUUUGUGACAUUCUAGAGGCAGCCAACAAGCGAGGGGUAUUCGUCUGUGUGCUUCUGGACCAGGGAGGUGUGAAGCUCUUCCAGGAGAUGUGUGACAAAGUCCAGAUCUCUGAUACUCAUCUCAAGAACAUUUCCAUCAGGAGUGUGGAAGGAGAGGUGUAUUGUGCCAAGUCAGGCAGGAAAUUUGCCGGCCAAAUCCAAGAGAAGUUCAUCAUCUCAGACUGGAGGUUUGUCUUAUCUGGUUCGUACAGCUUCUCUUGGCUCUGUGGACACGUGCACCGGAACAUCCUCUCCAAGUUCACGGGCCAGGCGGUGGAGCUUUUUGAUGAGGAGUUCCGACGCCUCUACGCCUCCUCCAAGCCCCUGAUGGGCCUCAAGUCCCCAAGGCUGGUCGCCCCGCUCCAGCCUCACAAGGGCCCAGAAGCCCCCAAUGGCCACCUCAGUGGCAGCAGCGGCUCCGCCAGUGACCGUACCUCCUCCAACCCCUUCAGUAGCCUGUCGACCGGCAGCAAUGCCCAAGACCGGAGUCUGUCCACGUCCUCAGGGCCGGGCAGUCCCCUGGCCGCCAUCCCACCCACGGUUCCAAGGCUUCAGCCCUAUCACAGCCCCCGGAUAGCAGCGGCCCCUCAGGCCCUCUUGGUCCCCAUGAGGCCCCAUGAGGGAGCACCUGUUCCCUACAGCAGCCUCAUGGCCUACAGGCCCACUCGGCUGCAGCUGCAGCAGCUCGGCCUGGUGCCCAGGGUGACUCACACCUGGAGGCCUUUUCUACAGGCCUUGCCUCACUUUUAAAGGGUCCUUUUCCCUCGCUGCCUUCCUCGGGGGUGAGGACUGGGCACUGCUGAAUUUUCCGGAUCGAAGGCCAGAAGACCGGCCUUGAGGACCAGUAAGACUGAGCCUGAUUCCCUAGGAGCUACCGGCACGGGGGUGGGGAGUUGGGUUAUUGUCUACCUUUGAACGCAGGCUCACGUGGCCCAUUCUAGGAGAUUCCAGGGAGGCCCUUGGAAAGACUGCAAUGACAAAAUCUGAUUGAGAACCCCUGCCUUCCAAAGGCCAUCCUGGACUUCGCUAGUGAUGUCUACAUAGUGUGAAAAUGGAAAGAUGCUGCCUACGUUUUCUAAACAGGCUCCACUCCCUCAAAGACUCAGCAAGGAAGGAUUCAGAAACAAGUGUGAAAACAUUCUGGAUGCUUCUCAUAGGAAAUGUUUCUUCCCUGUUAAGGUUCUUCAAACUGGGGUUCCUUGGACCUGAUGGGCUAGCAAUGAGACCCCUAGAAACUGUCUGUAUUUUGUGGGGUCGCCUGAAGCUGUCGCCAGCAGGGAUGGAACAACCUGAGGAGGUUGGAAUUUUCCAUUCCACAGGGCAUUUUAGCAGACUUUGGCUCUUGCUUAAGAGGUCUGACCUGGAAGGCCCUGAAGUCUGGGCUGGCUGCAGACACAUGAGUUGUCAUGGCUGGGAAUGGCCUGCAGCAAGGCCCACAGCAGCCUUGGACAACUUUUCAAAGGUUCAGCUAGCCCACGGCAGCCACCUGCCUCCAGCUCUAGGCCCUUUGCUUGUCCUGUUGACGCUUUGAGAAAUAAAUGUGGAACCCUCA